UAAAUAGCACACGGGAUGAUUUGUGUUCACUUCUUUACUUAUAAAUGGCACAUGGAAUGCAUACAAAACCUCAAACUAGACCAAAUUACACUUGAAAUAAAACAUAAAAGUAUUGAAACGGUGAAGAUGAAGAUGGAGAUGAAGGUGAAGGAGUCGGCGGUGGUAAAACCAGCGCCGGCGAAGCCGAGGUCAACGAUAUGGAUCUCCAAUCUGGACGCCAUUUUGCCGGAGAACUACCACACUCGUACUCACAUCUUUUACCGCCCAACCGCCGUCCCCGACUUUUUCGACGCAGCGGUGCUCAAGGCAGCCCUCGCGCGGACCCUCUCAGAGUUCUACCCUGUCGCCGGGAGGCUCAACAAGGACGCGAAAGGCCGCAUUGAAAUCGACUGCAACGGUGAGGGAGCAGCCUUCGUUGAGGCAGAGGUCGACGCCGACCUCAACGACUUGGAGGACUUCGCCCCCCACCCCGACUUUUGCCUCACCCCCGAAGUCGAUUAUUCUCAAGGAAUUUCUUCCUUCCCACUAUUACUAGUUCAGGUGACACGAUUCAAAUGCGGAGGAGUAUGCCUAGGUGUUGCAAUGGACCAUCAAGUGAAAGAUGGAAUUUCCGCUUUGCAUAUUCUCAAAACCUGGUGCGACAUAGCUCGCGGCCUCGACAUCGGUGUGCUGCCUUACUUGGACCGCCGUGUCCUGGCAGCGCGCACCCCGCCGCAGCCUAAAUUCAACCACGUGGAAUUCCAUCCGCCGCCGGCGCUGAAAACUCACUCAAAUGUUUCCGGAACAAGAUUUUCAAUGUUUCCGCUGACGCGAGAUCAGCUAAACAUCCUCAAAGCCAGCUGCCAAGAAGAUCAUGGGAAGACCCCACCGUACACUUCAUUUGUAGCGCUCACAGGCCAUGUUUGGAGGUGCAUUUGCAAAGCUCGUCGGCUUCCUAAAGACCAAGAAACCAAGCUGACGAUUAUAGUCGACGGGCGGUCGCGGCUACGGCUUCCGCUGCCGCCAGGCUACUUCGGCAAUGCGGUCUUCAAAGCCUCCCACAUUGCUUUGAGCGGUGAAGUCGAAUCAAAACCAUUGAAUUUCACUAUUGGCAAAAUUCGGGAGGCGGUUUCCCGAAUGGAUGACGAAUACUUGAGAUCCGCCAUUGAUUACUUGGAGGUGGAGGGCGGCCUCCACCCCAAUGCUAGAGGCACUGGGCUUUACAAAAGCCCAAACCUCGGCAUAACUAGUUGGGCCAGACUGCUCUUCUAUGAGGUAGACUUUGGGUGGGGCCGUCCCUUUUACGUUGGACUCGGUGCCCUUCCGGCCGAGGGGCAUUUAAUUGUGAUGCCUACUCCUGUCAAUGACGGGAGCUUAGCAUUGGCCAUCGUGCUCCCGGAGGAGCAUAUGAAGGUGUUUGAGAACAUCUUUUAUGACAUUUGAUGUUCAUGGGAACAAUCAACAAACUAUGUUUUUUACAAGUUCAUGUAAUGCUUUUUUCUCUAUUGGAAAAAGAAAAAUAAGCGAUGUUCUAAUUUUUAAAAACAAAUUGUACAUUGAUUUAUACCGGCGUUUGUAUGCAAAAUGUGAAAAUGAAGUCUUAUAAAGAUUUGUAGUAAGGUAUA